AUGAUGGCCGACUUCACCCUGCUUACUGGCAUCGCAGCCUGGUGUUUCGCAGGCUUUCUACUCUCCCUCAUUUGGCUUGGCGAGGGUGCUCAUUCUCCAGUCACUGUCAGCAAGUGGAUGUUAUGGAUCUGGUUUGGUCUUGACGGCACCGGGAUACAGCAAGCGCCUGAAUUCCACUGGCUUCUCGGGCCUUCACUUAUGGUUGCCUUUGCCUUCCUAGGCAACACUCUAUUCCUCACUAUCCUCGUGUCAAUGUUGUCUAACACAUUCAGCACAAUUGUCUCUAACGCUACUGCCGAGAUUCAAUUUCGCCAUGCUGUACUUACUCUGGAAGGCGUCAAGGGAGAUGCCAUAUUUGCUUACCAGCCACCGUUCAACAUUCUUGCGAUGUUCAUUCUCGUACCCCUUAAAUUUCUCGUGAACCCGCGAUGGUUCCACAAGAUUCAUGUGGCAGCAGUGCGAUUGCUCAAUCUGCCGCUGCUCCUCAUCAUCGCCGUCCUUGAACGCCGUAGCAUACUGCCUCUAGACCCCGUAGAUGGGGUGACGACCAUGAAUAAUACGGCGGGUGACCGGUCGAGGCAAUGGUUCUGGGAGAAAUGGCGCAUUACGACACACGGAGACAUACACUCGGUAUUUGAGUUGCCACCGCCCGAUGAGAUUGAGGAGGAUAUUGCGGUCGAUGACGAGUUGACGCGCCAUCUGAUCCGGCGCCAAUUCACUCGGAACAACACCGUGGACUCGCCCAAUCUUCCUUUCAGUAAACGUAAGGAGGACACGCGGAAAGAUGAUUCGCGCAAGGACGCGGAUGGUGACAGAGAUGGACGGACAGAUUCAGACGGUCGACAGACGCCGCAGCCUAAACCACUCAAGAUGGUCAGCAGGAGGGACAGCAUUGCGCCAUUUCCCGGUCUCAGACAAGAGAUCUCUGGAAUCCUUGGUGACAGCGAGGAGAUGAGCGAUCUAUCGACGAGAAUUGAGGCUCUUGAGGAGAGCAAUGCCCGUAUCGAGGCAAUGUUGGCGAAACUUGUUGGCGACCUGGAUGAUGACCAGAGCAUGGAAGAGGAGUCCGAAGCGGGCAAGACCGGUACACUCAGAGACUUAGAUCGGACGGCGGACGAGCAAUGA